CUUCACCUCGAUAUGAACAAAGGUAUUCAACAAAUUGUAUUGUUUGUUGUUCUACUCGCCAAUGCACUCGUAGGACGAUCUUCCCUAGAAGUAUGGCCGCCCUUUGAAGGUCACCAAGAAUUUCUCCAGCCAGGCGUAGAUCUGGCAUCAAGCAGACAUUCUAUAAGCUCUUACGUGACCCAUCAUGCAUGGAUUCCAGGAAAUUCUAGUAGUAGGUAUUAUGGUGUAGAGGCUACACUAGACGUUUAUGGGUUUACUUUACAACAUGACCAAAUAACCGAGGGUGGCAUCUGGAUUACCAGCAUAGGAGAUGGCCACCCGAUUCCGGACAAUGGAAUUCAAAUUGGAUGGCACAUUUACCCAGAUUUGCACAAGGAUUCACGCACACAUUUCUACGUAUCGUGGGCCGUAAGCAGGUCACCUAACAAGGGCUGCUUCAAUAUGGUCUGCCCUGGCUUUCGAAAGACAUCAUCCAGCAUAGCUCCAGGUGAUGUCAUCAAUCCUGUUUCAAGUAUCAAUGGCACCAAACAGUACAUCACCAUAAGGUUAUUCAAGGAUAAAUCAUCUGGAGAUUGGCAUGUACAUUAUGGACUAAAUAGUUCCCCAAAACCAGUUGGUUACUUUCCGAAAUCCUUGCUUCCUGCAAUGAUAGAUAGACCAGUUCUGCUCAGAUUUGGUGGCUUAGCAGCUCGCAGGAAACCAGCACCAAGUCCUCCAAUGGGCAAUGGGUAUGUUCCACUCAGCGGCAAAGCUGCAUUGGUUAGUAACCUCAAGCUAAUCGAUCUCAAUGGUAUUGCUCACAUUGUCAACACCGAUCUGCCAUUCUAUGCAACUAAUCAAAACUGUUAUCCCUUUUCUUAUAUUGAUUCCGGACGGUUCUUCUAUGGCGGACCUGGUUGUGUUGAUAACUAGGGAUACACCUGAUAUGUAUGUCCAACUGUUAUGAACUAAUUAAGAAACAAAGUUUCAUAUCAUGUACUAAAGGUUCUUUCAUAAGAUUACAAUAGUUGUUAUUUUAUAUUACUGUUAAAAAAGUUGGCCUUCAAUAUCUACUUCAAGUAUUACAUUGGGUCCCGAAAAUGGAUUGUUGCAUACAGUUUUUUACUACCACAGUUUGCAAUUUUACCUUGUAUGGAAGAAUCUCAAAGAGUUAUUGGAAGGACCAUAAUGUACGCCACACAUUCACCAGGGAAGGUAUUAGAACCAAAUUAUUCAUUCGAUCCAGGAUUUGGCGGGGUAAAAUAGAAGUUUUCUAACAACAUUAUAUAUAAUAUUACGAGGUAAAAUACAAGUACUUUAACAGGAUUAUAAACAAUUUAUGAACAUGUGAACCUUUUUUUAAGUACAAAAACAAUUAC